AUGAAGUACGUUCUGGUCUCUGGAGGUGUUGUCAGCGGGGUUGGCAAGGGCAUCAUUGCCUCGUCUGCCGGGCUGCUGCUCAAGACGAUCGGCCUGAAGGUUACGGCGAUCAAGAUUGAUCCCUACAUCAAUGUCGAUGCCGGCACCAUGAACCCGAAGGAGCACGGAGAGUGCUUCGUGCUGAAGGAUGGCGGUGAGACGGAUCUGGACCUUGGUAACUAUGAACGGUACCUGGGCCUCAACCUGACAAGGGACAACAACAUCACCACCGGCAAGAUCUACAAGCACGUCAUCGAGAAGGAGCGAAGAGGCGACUACCUGGGCCGGACUGUCCAGGUCGUCCCCCACGUCACCAAUGCCGUUAUCGAGCACAUCGAGCGUGUGUCCCGGAUCCCCGUCGACGACUCAGGCUCAGAGCCGGAUGUGUGCAUCAUCGAGCUGGGUGGCACCGUCGGCGACAUCGAGAGCAUGCCCUUCGUCGAGGCCCUGACCCAGCUCCGCCACAAGGCUGGCAAGGGCAACUUCAUCAACAUCCACGUUUCGUACAUCCCCAUCGUCAACGGCGAGCAGAAGACGAAGCCUACCCAGCACGCGGUCAAGAGCGUCCGCAGUGCUGGUCUCAUCCCGGAUCUGGUUGCCUGCCGCUGCGAGCGCCCGCUGGAAAAGGUCACCAUCGCCAAGAUUGCCCAGAGCUGCCAGGUCGAGGUCGAGCAGGUGGUCGCCGUCCGCGACAUGCCCACCAUCUACCAGGUACCGAUCCUGCUGGAGCAUCAGGGUCUCCUCGAGCUCCUGCGCCAGCAGCUCGUCCUCGACAAGGUCGCCCUGACCCCUGCCCUGGUCGCCAAGGGCGAGGUCAUCUGGAAGAAGUGGAACGAGAUCAUCCCCCAGGAGCAUGCCGAGAAGAUCAACAUUGCGCUUGUCGGCAAGUAUGUCGAGCUGCCUGACGCGUACCUGUCGGUCGUCAAGUCGCUGGAGCACUCGGCCAUGCGAUGCGGCCGCAAGCUGAACCUCAUCUGGGUCGACUCCGAGGAGCUCGAGGACAAGACGCAAAAGAGCAACCCCGUUGCUUUCUAUAAGGCGUGGCACGAGGUCUCGACGGCGGCUGGCAUCCUCGUCCCCGGCGGCUUCGGGCACCGCGGCACCGAGGGCAUGAUCAAGGCUGCCCAGUGGGCCCGUGAGCGCAAGACGCCCUACCUGGGCAUCUGCCUGGGCAUGCAGAUCGCCGUCAUCGAGUACGCGCGACACGUCUGCCACAAGGCCAACGCCACAUCGGAGGAGUUUGACGCGCAGGCCGAGAACCGCGCCAUCAUCUUCAUGCCCGAGGGCUCCAAGGACACCAUGGGCGGCACCAUGCGCCUCGGCUCGCGCGAGACGCACUUCCAGCCCGGCAGCGAGUUCAGCAAGCUGCGCGCGCUGUACGGCGAGGCCCUGGUCAUCGAGGAGCGCCACCGCCACCGCUACGAGGUCAACCCGGACAUGGUCGAGGAGCUGGAGAAGGCCGGCCUCAACUUUGUCGGCAAGGACGACUCGGGCCGCCGCAUGGAGGUCCUCGAGCUCAAGGACCACCCGUGGUUCGUCGGCGUCCAGUACCACCCCGAGUACCUGAGCCGCGUGCUCGACCCCUCGCGCCCGUACCUCGGCUUCAUCGCCGCGUCGUCGGGCUGCCUCGAGCGCAUCACCAAGGACGCCCUGAAGGAGAAGACGCUGGUCGUCAACGGCGCCCUCGACGACUCCAAGUUCUAA